AUGGAUGAGAGAAAAAGCAGCCAAGGUACUGCAUUUUCUGACGAAUUAAAUGAGAAACAACAACCUCAAUGUUGUUUGAGAUGGGAGAGAUAUUCAUAUGCACCACAACGUCCUCGAGGCACUUCGAUCAUUCUGAAAGACGAUGAGAAUGUUCGUAACUGGUCUCCUACUAUCAAAUACGCAAUUUCCAUUUCGGUUCUAUACACAGCAUUUGCAGCAACUUUUGGUAAUUCAACCUAUACAGGAGGUAUGCCUGGUGUCGUUACAUCUUUCGGAAUUUCAAAAACAAUGGCCACUAUUCCGAUAUCAUGUUACUCUGCGGGUCUUGGUAUCGGGGCAUUAUUUUCAACGGCAUUUUCUGAAGUUUUCGGCAGGCGAAUAGCAUACAGAGUUACUGCACCACUAGCAUUGAUCUUUACUCUUUUGGGAGGAUGUGCUACAAACUUUGCCACAAUUGCCAUCGCCCGAACACUCGCCGGUCUUUUUGCAUCUCCUUACCUGACAGUUGGUGGAGGAAUCAUAAGUGAUGUAUGGAAUAUUAGUCUCGAGAAAACUGGAACUACAUUUGCUGCUUUGUUCGUACUGUUUGUAGUUGGUGGUACCCAGACCGGGCCUAUGGUCAGUGCAGCAAUAAUAACAAAUCAUUCCUGGCGAUGGGAAUUCUGGGUGUCGGCUAUACUUUUCAGCGGCUCUACAAUUUUUGCCUAUUUACUUCCCGAGACAUAUCAACCACAGAUAUUACGCCGCCGAGCAGAAGCAAGAAUGGGUGUCAUAACUACCAGGGCAACACUUGCAAGGCUUGUCCUUACCUCCCUCGGAAGACCUUUACACAUGUUACUCGUUGAACCUACAGUCCUUCCGACCGGUCUAGUUAUGGCAAUAACACAAUCUGUUGUCUUUUCCUACCUUGUAUCAUAUGCUAACUUGUUUGAAAAAAUAUACCAACAAACACCAUAUGAGGUCGGAAUGGCGUUUUGUCCUUUGAUUAUUGGAAGUGUGACUGCACUUCCGACAAUCGCCGUUUUCGAUCGAUUAUUUUAUCGAAAACCACGAAACGAAGCAAUUAGAACUGGGACCAAGGUUGCACCAGAAAAACGUUUAUAUCCAGCCAUGUUAGGGUCUAUCACACUUCCUAUCUCUUUGUUUUGGCUCGCAUGGACAGGUCGCGCAGAUAUUCCCUCAAUUAUACCAAUUCUAUCUGGUGGACUAUUCGGGUUCUCAUUUGUUCUCACCAUGCUAUGUCUACCGGUAUAUCAUAGCGACUUCUACACUGCUCAAUAUAGUGCAUCAAUGUUAGCCGCCUUAACAUUCAUGCGCUUCUUUGUCUCGGCUUGUUUCCCUCUCAUAACGCCAACAUUUCUCGACAAACUUGGCUUCACGUGGGCGACAUCAAUGCUAGGCUUUAUCACUGUUUCUUUGAUACCGAUUCCUUGGAUCCUGUAUAGGUUCGGUCCUUACUUAAGAACUAAGAGUCAAUACAUAAAGGCAUAG